AUUCCUCCUUCCGUUGUCUCCGGUGUAUUUGGCUCUUCAGGUCGCUUCUUCGGUCGAUCGCAGGAUCAAAAAGAUAGUCUGUGCUGGACUACCCCACAGUCGAACCGUGGAUACGUCAAGACUGGGCAAGAGAAGCUAAGCACGGUCGAUGACGUGGAGGGGGUCUCUCGAACCACUCCCGACCUGAAGGAGACAAUGGAAAUCGGUCGGGAAGGUGUGGAUGGCUUUCCUAAUCGGUGGCCCGACCACAUCGAUGAUGAAGGGAAAGACUUUAAGCAAGUGAUGUUGUCGUUCUUUGACAUGUGCAAGUCGCUCCACACGGAGGUCAUGCGGGCUAUUGCACUGGGCAUGAACUUGCCAGAGCACUUCUUUGAUGCCUAUGUGGAUGCGGGCGACAAUAACCUUCGCCUGCUGCAUUAUCCUUCCGUGCCUAAGGAGGUCUUCAAGCAAAAUCCGGGACAAGUUCGAGCCGGUGAACAUAGCGAUUAUGGCUCUAUCACGCUUCUCUUUCAAGAUAGCCGCGGGGGACUGCAAGUUCGUAGUCCCAAGGGCACGUUUGUGGAUGUGACCCCCAUCGCCGACACCGUGGUUAUUAAUGCUGGCGAUUUGCUGGCUCGCUGGUCCAACGACAUCAUCAAAAGUACGCGACACCGAGUUGUCGAGCCGCCGACAGCAGUCGGGGAGGAAGAGAACGAUUCGGUUGUUUACCCUGAUCGCUACAGCAUUGCAUACUUCUGCAACCCCAACAUGAACCAAUUUAUUGAGGCUAUUCCUGGAACCUUCGAAGAGGAGACACGUCCUGCAAAGUAUCCUGGAAUAACCACGGGCGAUUAUCUGGUGCAACGACUUACAGCAACCAUAUAA